AUGGAGCUUUCUGAGUGGAUCGAUUACGCAAAGAAUAAUUACAAUACCCAGAAGAAAGUCAAAGUAGUCGGCGUUGUAAGUGAAGCAAACGACUUGCCUGAGCUUUACGUGAAACGAUUCGUUGCAGAUUGGAAAGGAUUCUCCAGAUCACGGAAAAGGCGAUAACAUCAACAGUUACCUGCGGGAGAAUGUGUUCCCUGUGGCGACGUCUGAAGAUGAAACCUGUACAGUGAGUUUAUCAGACAAAUGCAUUUAUAUUCUGAUUCUCAGUAAUUCAGAUCCGUGCGCACUAUUCCGAAGAGGAGCACAUUCUGUUUCUGGUGAUGAACGGCGUCGACGACCUGGCAAACGUUAGAAAGUGUCUGACUAACAAGAAUAACGAGCCGAUAAAUUAUUUCGAAGCGAUGUCGGAGAGUGAAGCUCAGCAGAUCCGCAUGCUCCAUCUCCUCUUCAUUUCCUGCCACUUCAUUCUGCUCUUCGAGGAGACUUCCCGAAUCAACACAGAACAGUUGCGAUUCUUCAGAAGAGUUAACAUUUCUAGGUCAGUUUUAGAGUCGAUUUUCGAUAAAACGAGCGAUUUUUUCAGAAUGCAGCUUCGAAAAAGAGUAAAUCAAAAGCUAGUCUCAGCUGGUCUACGGAAUGUCGCCUUCAACAAUUGCAAAUUGACACAGGCAGAAGCGGAAGGACGCAUGGGUAUCCCGCGUCUUCUGAUGGCUUUCCAACGGAAUAAUAUUCGCAGCGAUCUCGGCUCCAGCAAAAAAGUAGGGUAUUUGUAUCAAUAAUUGGUCACCAGGCAACUUGAACUGUUUCAGAAAGAGCUGUAUCACAAAUUGGAGCGUAGUCUGGAUGCCCAACUCGCGGAAGCUCUGAAGACGUUCGAACUCUCCGGCAGAGGAGCUUCGGCCUUUUGCAGACUCAACGAAACUCUUCCGUGCGUCCAUCUUCUGAAUCCGGACGUCGUCAAAAGAGACAUUGUGAAUGAAAUGUUCGAAACGUUCAUGGCGGAAGCGGAGCAUCGUCCGGAAAGUUCUCAAAAACUUCCGAACAACAACUCGUUCGACAUUUUCCUAGACGACAAUUUGAAGUCGGAACGGUACGAAAUCAGUUUGGAGAAUGUCAUCAAACUGCUCGAUUGCCUUUCUUGUGUGCUCGACGCAUCUCUCGAAGAGGGAAGAAGCGCUGCUGACUUGAAUCCGAUGACGAAAUUUAUUCAAACACUUCAAGAAGAUCAUAUGCGAGAGGCCAGAAGACUGUAUACGCAUGACAAUACUCGGCAGCCACGUGGAAUGUGGAGAAUGCCGUCUGACGUGUCGCCCGUCAAAACUCGGAGCAAGGAGGAACACGUUAUGAGAGUAAGUCAUCUACUUAACAUUCGGUAUUUGGCAUUACUUUUUACAUUACUUUAACAUUACUUUUUUACAUUGCAUUUCUUUUCAGUUCCGAGAAGCCACCAGAUACAUCGAGACAGUCGUCGGCAACAAUACGGAAGAAGCGAUCGCAGAGCUUCACGCUCAAUGCGAUGAAAUGUGGCAAACUGACAUGCGCGCAUGCGAAGCCGUGUCGCUUAUGGGGCAUCAGUGUGUUAAGAAGCUCCAUCCGACGUUUGGAGAUUUUACAGUGUCCGAAACGCAAUGGACUGCUCACGACGCCGCAAAUACACUGCUUUCGACAUGCACGUGCGGAAGAAAACAGCUGGCUCGACUGGAACCGUUCAGUGUGAAAGAGGCAAACUGCGAUUUCUUCGAAAAUCAGGAAUUCUCGUGUUGUCGUCGCUUGUGGAGAUAUGAGUUCCAAUUGUAUCAGGAGAACACAGACGACAAAGAAGAUGUAGCUUGGGACGGCGAUCGAGACUCGAAUUCUCUUCAUGCUGACAAGAAAGUCGUUAAAAGAGAAGACGAAUCACAUGAAUCGCAGAUGACGGAGAGUCUCGUGGAUGACGAAGGAACGGAUGAAGACGUCAGCUUAGAUAAGACACACAGUUCCCUCUCCGAUUCUGAAGAGGAAAUGUAUGUGCGGCCGACCGACAGACAACUGAAUUCAUCGAGAAGUGAGAGGGAUAUGGCAGUUGAAUACGCGAAGAAGCUGCAGAGACUGAUGGCCGCUAAAAAAAAUAACGACUUCAUCGAGGACGUCCCAAACUCGUUGAAUGCCGGAAGGCUUCCGCUUUUCCCUUCGUGGUUCCUCACGUCGUUCGGCGAUUCGAUCCUUUACAAUCACUCCGUUGGUCUGGCAUAUCAACCGAAUUUUAAACGUGGAGGAGAAUAUCUGACUCCGGUCAUAGUUAAUCUUGAUGUCAGACAAUGUUCGAAUAAUUUCUAUCAAGCGAAACUCAUUUCAGGUCGACAGAGACACUUGGAAUCGAGAUCUCCACAAAGUGCGUAAUGAAGACUCCGGCCGAAAACAUCUCUCCGGCAGAGUGAAUGACGAUGCUCCACGUGUCAAACUGUUUAUCGGAUUUGAGUACGAAUGCUCUCGCGGCCAUCGUUUCUUUGUUGACCAUGUAGGAGAGCCUAUGAUUUAUGCGAGAAAAACAAAUGUGCAUCGCGAAUCGGCUCAACGGAGUCUUCUUGGAAACGUUCUCGAAGCUGAUCUUCCUAUUCGCAGACCGUGCACGUGUCGGAAACCACCUCUUCGCUCCGCCCAACUCCAGAAAAUUCACGUGGUUACUCCAAAAGCACCCGUUCACGUCACAAUCGACCCGAAAAUUGUAAUUCCGGGUCACUCCGGAGUCUAUGGAACUGGACAAGCUCCCGUGGAACUUCAUCAUUCCAAGUGAGAUCGUUCCUGGUCAUUCACAAAAUUCAUACUUUCUUUCAGAUACUACAUUCUUCAACUUCCCACUGUCUACAGCGGACCGUCCGGCAUUUGGACGCCUCCAGAAUAUCUCUCCGGAAAACACGGAACGUGGACUGGCGGAUCUAUCAAAGUACUCUACAAGCCGGUUCACUCGUACCGAUGGUAG